AUGGCAUCUCACGCUCCUGUACCCCUUGCUCUAUCCUUGCUUUCAGUGGCGCCUUCGCCACCUAUUGUUGAUGAAGAACCUUGGCAGCCAUUCAGCUGUCAUGCAGACUUUGAAUUUGCUGAACUUGCGCACAAUGCUGCCCUUAACAAGGACCACACAGAUGCGCUAUUACAACUUGUCUGGAGAAUUGUUGAUGGUCAAGCAAAUAUUACCUUCAAGUCCCACCAUGAUGUCUCUGUAGCCUGGGAUAGGGCAGCUGGCCAGAUGACACCUUUUGAGAAGCAUACUAUUACGACCAAGCAUAAACGAGAAGACCUCAUGUUUGAUGUAUAUACAUGCCCAUUGUGGGACUGGGCUUUGGACUUAUUACAGGACCCAUUUCUGGUGCUGCACUUCAUUUGGGAUGCGCAGUGGGUAUAUAAACACGAUGGGACAUGUUACAAACAUUUUUACCACAAACCUUGGACUGUGGAUCGUUGGUGGAAUGUCCAAUCGUCUUUACCUGAAAAUGCCGUCCCUUUCGCAUUUAUUCUGUAUGCAGACAAGACGCACCUUUCUUCCACUGGUACAGUCAAAGCUUAUCUGGUCUUCACUCAUUGUGGAAACUUGCCCAUUCACAUCAGAAACACUGACAGGUUUGGUGGUGGGCAGAUGGUCAGUUGGUUACCAAUAGUUCCUGAAGAUUCUGAAGAGGACAGCAAGCUGUUGUACAUGAACCUCAAACAUGUUGUAUGGCAUGAAGGGUUUUUCAAGCUACUCAAAACCAUCAUACUCCACGCCAAGACAGGGUAUACGCAUCUCUGUUAUGAUGGUAUCGUCAGGUGGUUGUAUGUGUUCAUUUUACUCUUAUCUGCUGACUAUGAGGAACAAUAUGUCAUGGCACUGAUACGGGGCACUAAUUGUCAUUGCCCAUGUCCUAUUUGCCUUGUACCAUCUGAUAAGCUGUAUGACAAUGCUUCUACUUAUCCAAUCCAAACGCCUGAAGACACGCAAGCUUGCAUAGAACUAUGGAACCAGAACAAAACAGCUGGAGAAGAGGCAUUGAAAAAACGGGGCCUUUGGCCAGUUAUGAAUGUCUUUUGGCGGCUCCCAAAUUCCAACCCACACAAAAUGAUCUUACAGGACCACCUUCAUAUGUAUCAUUUAGGGGAAUGGGGGAAACAUUUAUUUGCGGCUCUGGGGCGCGGUGCUGAGAAAAAGAUUGAUGACCAUGAUGGUUUUGAAUACAUCACAAUCAUUAAUGAGACUGAUCCAGAUGCAAUCAAGAACUGGAAUUUCCCCAAAAUGCAUGCCUCAAAGCACAUAUUUGACGACAUCAUAGCAAAAGGUGCCGCUCACAACUUCAGUACUCGACCGAACGAGAAGCAGCAUGGACCAAUCAGGCAUUGGUAUCUAUGGCAGACUAAUCGUAAGGACAUCGCUAACCAGAUUGUUGUACUCUCUCAUAAGAGCUUUGUUUCCGAAUUCAUUCGCAGCUGUAUCAACUAUCUUGAUGAGGAACAACACAAACUUACACUCUCAUGGGAAGAACUCAAAGAAGACAAUAAUAACAACAAGUUAUUUGAAGCUUACCUGCAUACCAGUUCGCCAUUGAGGAGUCUUACCAGCUUAGCACAGGUAGAGGAAGAACACAGGUCAAAUCGUGCCUUCGACCACUUCAGGAAGAAGCUCAUGACAUUUUUGAAUCACUUCCUACCCUCCCACCAUAUACCAUUACCAGAUGGAGUGAUGCGGUUGAAACUUCCAGUGCAAGACCUGAUACAUGAACAUCGCUAUCUCAAACACAUUGUUGGCAACUGCACCUUAGAUCUCGCUUUGGUUCUUCCCAUGGAUGCUUCACCAUACCUGCAACUCACUCAUCUGCAUGCACGGCCUGCAGCUUCAUCUGAAUUCAUCACUCUUCAUUCAAUUAUUCGUGGUGCUUUACUUGUCCCAGAUUUUGACAACAAUGGGGAUUAUUUUCUUGUUGACUAUACUGAUACCGACAUGUUUCUUCGCAUCCAAAGGAAACUUAUCUAA